CCGAGGUUGGACUGAGAGAGUCUGCCGGCUUCCCUUUUUUUGCCUGCCGUCCUCACCCUUCCCCCCCCCGCCUGAGGGGGGUUUCUUCACGUCGGCUUCCGUCCGGAGGAGAGUGAGCGGCGUUUCGGUCGCCUCCUCCCCUUCACUGGGGGAGGAGGAAGGAUCCUGACGCUGAGUCGAAGUGAUACUCUGAGGAAGAGCCGGAGGAGGAGGAAGAGGAGGAAGAAGAAGAAGAAGAAGAGGCGGCGGCGGCCCGAAGUUAAAGAGUGAAGAUGCCGUUAGCGCAGCUGGCGGACCCCUGGCAGAAAAUGGCUGUAGAGAGCGCGGCGGAGGGUCUGAAUAGCUCCGAGAAUGGACAACAAAUUGUUGAUGAACCUAUGGGAGAAGAAGAAAUAAAUCCACAAACAGAAGAAGACAAUAUUAAAGAGAUUGCAAUAACAUGUCAUGUCAAAGAAGGGCAUGAAAAAGCUGAUCCUUCACAAUUUGAACUUCUUAAAGUACUAGGACAGGGGUCUUUUGGAAAGGUAUUCCUUGUAAAAAAAAUCUCAGGAUCAGACGCCAGACAGCUGUAUGCAAUGAAAGUACUAAAAAAAGCAACACUGAAAGUUCGUGAUCGUGUUCGGACAAAAAUGGAACGUGAUAUCUUAGUAGAAGUUAAUCAUCCCUUUAUCGUCAAGUUGCAUUAUGCUUUUCAAACAGAAGGGAAGCUGUAUCUCAUUUUAGACUUUCUCAGGGGAGGAGACUUGUUUACACGCUUAUCCAAAGAGGUGAUGUUCACAGAAGAAGAUGUCAAAUUCUAUUUGGCUGAAUUAGCACUUGCAUUAGAUCAUCUGCACAGUCUUGGAAUUAUAUACAGAGAUCUAAAACCAGAGAACAUUCUACUUGAUGAAGAAGGGCAUAUUAAAUUAACAGAUUUUGGCUUAAGCAAAGAGUCGAUUGAUCAUGAGAAAAAAGCAUAUUCUUUCUGUGGAACAGUGGAAUACAUGGCCCCAGAAGUAGUUAAUCGUCGAGGGCAUACACAGAGUGCAGACUGGUGGUCAUUUGGUGUGUUAAUGUUUGAAAUGCUCACUGGUACUCUACCUUUCCAAGGGAAAGACAGAAAAGAAACCAUGACUAUGAUUCUCAAAGCCAAACUUGGAAUGCCCCAGUUCUUAAGUCCAGAAGCUCAAAGUCUUCUCCGUAUGCUUUUCAAGAGAAACCCCGCAAACAGAUUAGGAGCAGGUCCUGAUGGAGUUGAGGAAAUUAAGAGACAUCCAUUUUUUUCUACAAUAGACUGGAAUAAAUUGUACAGAAGAGAAAUUAGUCCACCAUUUAAACCUGCAACUGGUAGACCUGAGGACACUUUUUAUUUUGAUCCUGAAUUUACAGCAAAAACUCCAAAAGAUUCACCUGGUAUUCCACCUAGUGCUAAUGCACACCAACUUUUUCGAGGUUUCAGUUUUGUAGCUAUCGCAUCAGACGAUGAAAGUCAAGCUAUGCAGACAUCUGUUGGGCACUCAAUUGUUCAGCAGUUGCACAGGAACAGUAUUCAAUUUACUGAUGGAUAUGAAGUUAGACAAGAUAUAGGAGUUGGCUCCUAUUCUGUUUGCAAGAGGUGUAUACAUAAAGUAACCAACAUGGAAUAUGCUGUAAAGAUUAUAGACAAGAGUAAAAGAGACCCCACAGAAGAAAUAGAAAUCCUGCUACGAUAUGGACAGCAUCCAAAUAUUAUUACUCUCAAAGAUGUGUAUGAUGAUGGAAAAUAUGUAUAUCUGGUAACAGAGCUUAUGAAAGGAGGAGAGCUGUUGGACAAAAUCCUUAGACAAAAGUUUUUUUCUGAAAGAGAAGCCAGUGCUGUCCUGUUGACAAUAACAAAAACUGUUGAAUACCUUCAUGCACAAGGAGUAGUACACAGAGACUUGAAGCCUAGCAAUAUUCUUUAUGUUGAUGAAUCAGGCAAUCCCGAAUCAAUACGAAUUUGUGAUUUUGGCUUUGCAAAGCAGCUGAGAGCAGAAAAUGGUCUUUUAAUGACCCCUUGUUACACAGCAAAUUUUGUUGCUCCUGAGGUUUUAAAAAGACAAGGCUAUGAUGCUGCUUGUGACAUAUGGAGCCUUGGCGUUCUUCUUUAUACAAUGCUUACUGGCUAUACACCUUUUGCAAAUGGCCCUGAUGAUACUCCAGAAGAAAUUUUGGCACGAAUAGGUAGUGGGAAAUUUUCUCUUAGUGGAGGAUACUGGAAUUCUGUUUCAGAUACAGCAAAGGAUUUGGUCUCGAAAAUGCUUCAUGUUGAUCCUCACCAGAGAUUGACUGCUGCCCAGGUCCUAAGGCAUCCAUGGAUUGUUCAUUGUGACCAGUUGCCUCAAUUCCAGCUAAACAGGCAAGAUGCUCCACAUCUUGUGAAGGGUGCCAUGGCUGCUACAUACUCAGCGUUGAACCGCAAUCAGUCACCAGUUUUGGAGCCAGUGGGCCGUUCUACCCUUGCUCAGAGAAGAGGUGUCAAAAAAAUUACCUCAACUGCCCUUUGAAGAGACCUCAACAGAGGAAUUUGGUACCAUAAUAAGAUGAUAGCACAACUCAUGGCAAUGUGGCAUAUAUCCAAGGUACCUGCAAGCACAUGGUUCCAGGUGGUACCAGUUAUGCUGCUGUUCCUGCUUUCAUCUUCCUUUUAAACUGUUGGUGGCAAAACCUUGCCCUUCGGAUGGAAUAUAAUGUGGAAUCAAUAUAAAAUGAACAGGCUGUUUAUGGAGAUAAAAUAGAAUUAUGAACAUUUCUUUCACAUCAGAUACACUGAAUAAAGCACUCUGCACCAUAUAGCAUUAUUUUUAUAGGGACUGUUUCUUCUCCCGUUAAAAUAUUCUGCAUUACAUGUAUGGAUGGACAAUUUAUGUUAAGCACUUAGCUUAAAGAUAUGUUUUUAUUAGCACUGUAUAAUUUGUGCCAUCCAGGAUUUUAUGUUUUUUGUAAACUUUUCAUAACAGUACACUUCUGUGCUGUUUCAUUUUAUAUGCCUCCUACUUAGACUAAUUUGACAAUUAAAUCAGAUUAAAAUGGUUCAUCAGUAAGGUUGGACAUCUGAAACAGCUUGACUGUUAAACAGCUAUUGAAUGUAAUUAUGUGAAUGUGUUUUUCCUUGCCUGUCUCCACACAGAUACAUUGUUAAAUGUUAUGGGAAACUAGAGUUGUUAUGGCAUUUAAUGGUGUAAUAGGUUUCCCACAAUCACAUGUGCAAUUAGCUCUGAACUGAAGGUAAAUAAGUAAUGGUAUAUCUUUGUUUGUUUGAACCUUGGAGCCAAGUAAUUUUACUCCAGUUCACCUGUUUUACAAGUGGUCAUUUUUUGUCUUUACUGCUAUAAUUGUAAGUGGCACUUCUUGCACAGUGCUAGACCACAAGAACGUGGAAAAUGCAGGGUUUCAAGCUGAAGCAAUGUAUUGUCAAGUAAUGAGCAUGCAAUGAAAAUUUCUAGUUGUCAGGAAA